CUGGUGAAAUCCUUCACCAGCCAUCACAGCUCGCGAGAACGUCGGACAGUACGGUUUUGUUUCGGUGAUCAGUUCUGUGGUUCGUCCCGGAUAACAGUGUACGGUGUGUAAGUCGUGUGUGUGCAGCACCAUUGUUCACCCUUAUCCGUGCGUAAGGUGUUUGUGCGUGUAACCGCGUAGGAGCUUUGAGCUUUUGCAGCAAAAAUCCUGUCUGUACCCGUACAAAAAACACAACGUUUAGGGGUCAGUUAGGGGUUGUUUUUUUGCAAAUUUGUUCAGUACAAAAACCACAGCACGACUUUUCAACCUGGUUGUGAUAGCGUAUCACUAAGUGUGUUACAUAAUCGUUGGAGUAAAACCCUACAGUUUUGCUAGAGUUUAGUGAUAUCAAACUGUUAACACUUUAAAGUCAGCAAAACGCUAUCAAAAGCAAACAGACAGGAAAAUGACGUCGAUAAAUGUGGAAAAGUAUAAACUGUCCGACAAAACGGCAAAGCUCACAGCCAAAGACAUCAUCCCGGUUGUACAAUCGGCCGAUUCGGCGGAAACGCGUGAGUUCCUGAACAAAAUCGCCGAGCUGCUGGUCGACUAUGUGAACAUACAGAACGACCGGAAGGAGAAGAUCCUGGACUUCCAUCAUCCGGAGGACAUGAAGAAGCUGCUCACGCUGGACAUACCGGAGGAGGCCGUCACACUGCAACAGCUGGUGAAGGAUUGUGCCAUGACGCUCAAGUAUCAGGUGAAGACAGGACAUCCUCAUUUCUUCAAUCAGCUGUCGUGCGGUCUGGACGUAGUCUCGAUGGCCGGAGAGUGGCUUACGGCGACCGCCAACACCAACAUGUUCACGUACGAGAUUGCCCCGGUGUUCAUCCUGAUGGAGAACGUGGUGCUGUCGAAGAUGCGCAAGAUUAUUGGAUGGGAUGGUGGCGAUUCGAUUCUUGCACCCGGUGGUUCCAUCUCCAACCUGUACGCCUUCCUGGCCGCCCGGCACAAGAUGUUCCCGAACUACAAGGAGCACGGUGCACGUGCCUUACCGGGCGAGCUGGUAAUGUUCACGUCGGAUCAGUGCCAUUACUCGGUGAAGUCGUGCGCCGCUGUCUGUGGGCUCGGUACGGAUAACUGUGUGAUGGUACCGUCGGAUGAGCACGGUCGGUUGAUUCCGUCCGAGCUGGAACGAUUGAUCCUGGAACGGAAGGCACGUGGACAGAUUCCGUUCUUUGUGAAUGCGACCGCUGGUACGACCGUGCUCGGUGCGUUUGACCCGAUCAAUGCGGUGGCUGACAUUUGUGAGAAGUAUAACUGUUGGUUCCAUGUGGAUGCUGCAUGGGGUGGUGGUCUGCUGCUUUCGAAAAAAUACCGUCAUCCACGCUUCACCGGCAUCGAAAGAUGCGACUCGAUCACAUGGAACCCUCACAAGCUGAUGGGUGCACUGCUGCAGUGUUCGACGAUUCACUUCAAGGAGGAUGGCCUCCUGAUUAGCUGCAACCAGAUGUCUGCCGAGUACCUGUUCAUGACGGACAAGCUGUACGACAUUAGCUACGACACCGGUGAUAAGGUGAUCCAGUGCGGACGACACAACGAUAUCUUCAAGCUGUGGCUCCAGUGGCGCUCCAAGGGUACGGAAGGGUUCGGCAAACACAUGGACCACCUGAUGGAGUUGGCCGAGUACGAGGUGAAGCGCAUCAAGCAGCAGUCGGACAAGUUCUAUCUGAUCAUGGAACCGGAGUGCGUUAACGUCUCGUUCUGGUACAUUCCGAAGCGUUUGCGUGGCGUUCCGCACGAUGCCAAGAAGGAACAGGAGCUUGGCAAGAUCUGUCCAAUCAUUAAGUCACGCAUGAUGCAGUCCGGUACGCUGAUGGUUGGCUACCAACCGGACGAUCGUCGUCCAAACUUUUUCCGCUCGAUCAUCUCCUCGGUCGCCGUUGCGGAAGCGGACGUUGACUUCAUGCUGAACGAGAUCGAUCGUCUCGGACAGGAUCUGUAAGCUGGCGUGUGUUGUAGAGUAACGUAACAUCGGACGUACAUGUCACAGGGGGCAUUCAUGCCUGGCGUUGAGUCGGCGUAAGUCGAUCAUCUUCAUCGGUAAGCUCCAGCGGGUAGCGGUACCGUGUUUUUAAAAUCGAAUCAACCAAUGAGUAUCAGUUGUGAAGACAUAUCAAUAUCUUCAACAAAGUUGUUGUGUUUGGACGUAAACGGGACAAACAAAACCAAAUCUGCUUUAAUUUAUCGACCCAGAUCUGUGAGGUUAUUUGAAUAAGCGUUUUUGUUUUGCCCCCAAAUUUAAAUUUAAUAACCAUUAAGCAAGUUAUUUAGAUGCGACGUUAGUUUUAGUCCUAGACGAGAAAGUUAUUUAUUUCUAAUAGAAAAUUAUGUCAAAGACAUAUCACUUUAUUUAGCACUCCCUCCCCAUAAAAAUCUAAAACGGAUGCAUUUAAAUCUUACCGGUGGUACCGAUAGUAGGACUUAUUUAAAAAAAAACACACACACAGACAUUCAUUCAAAACUAUUUACCCGUAAAUCUUGACUGUUGAAUCCCUGCUGCCCGUAAUGGAACAUAAAGGGGCUUGUGGAAAGAAUUAUAUAUACACUACAAAAAAGAAACUAAGAAAAAAAAAGAUACAAACGCUAGAGAGAAAUAUAUAUACAUAUGUACACAACAAUCCAACUAUAUACACGGAAUACUACUGUAGACAUGCCAUACCACCCGGAAAACGAUUCCCCUUUUUGGCCUUUUUCGGUGGAAGUUUACUGGACGUGACGAAUCGCUCCACAAAAGGACAUACUCGAUCGAUAUUCCGACGUUUUGCCAUAGAUGUUUCUUUUCUUUUCAACUGUUUAAAUGCGCAACAGCUUCAUCUCGAGCCAUGUUCAAUGUUCUGGAUCGAUGUACUUAGCCCAAAAAAAGCCCAAUUCGAUGAAGUACCUUACGAACAUUCGGACAAGAUGGAAAAUCGUACGUACCAUACACAAAUCACUCAUACUUGCAUUUAAACAGAAUUGAAAGUCCAUAUCUGUAGUGUUGCAGUAACAGAACUGGAUGCAUUUAUUAAACAGUGAUGACUUCGGCUGAAGUUCCCAAACCCGAUAAGUUACUGAGCAAAUGUUUAAACUUUCCAUUUUGCAUUAUUGUUCCAGAAUUCCAAUUCGUCCGCAAAAGAUGCAUGCGGAAACGCUCGGUUGUAGAUUGUAACGAUAUGUGUAAAUAUUAGGCUUUUAGGUCUGUUAAUGCUUCAUGUCUCCUACCGUGAGCAAGAACCAACAAAAAGGAAUGCAAAUCCAAAAGACAAGGGCAAGGUGGCAGUGGCCAAGAUUUAAAAAAAGAGAAACUUCCCCCCAACAAACCCGAAAGCUAACCCUUUGACUGAGAAUGUUAUCGCCACGCGAAUAUUGUUGAGAGCUGUGCAAUCUGUACGUAGUUGUUCCGGGUGUCCCGAUAAGAUAGGCUGUACUGUUGGUGGAUAAAGAGAUGAACCCGUAUAUGUGUGUGCGGUAUCUCGAGAUGGUUUAGAACGGUUAUUAAUGUGUACCAGAGUCUAGUCGCGGUAAGGGACUAAAGCAUACGAUUAUGUUGCUAACGUUCCGUAUCUGUUUUUACCGUGUAUUAUACGCAUAGUUUUUAAGGCUAGUUCCGUUCCAUCGUUUAAAGAUUGUUUGCUACUGUUUUGCCUUUAGUUUUCUCUCGCACAAAGUUCCAACAAAUGCACGCAAAAAAAAAGAAUGCCAACAUGUGUAAGUUACAUUGUACGCAGUAGAACAGGAAAGCUUCACGUCAGUAACAGUAACAUGUAAACGAACGAAGUUGGUAUGAUUUUAGUAGAACUCUAAUUUUAAGUGCUUCCGCUCUGCGUAGUGCACCGGAAACAGGUGUUAACCGGUGGCAAGGGCGGAAAGCGUAAAAUCGCCAAACAAACGACAAAAUCACAAAGUCUUCCUUCAAAUGAAAUGUUAAUUAAUCGACGAUUCGCGCUCACUCUCAGAUACGCUCGUUUGCUGACGGUGGGAUUAAACAGGUGGUCCGCACCUGUUAAGCUGGAACGCGGCUGCUAGCAGUUGGACACUAAGCACUAACGUUCAGCAUUUUUCCAGCGCCCGGACACCGCCUGUCCCAUCGUCCUGUCUGUAUAUUUCAUCUCGAAAGUGAUGUGAAUCGUUUAUGUAAUGUAAUGUGACAGUGAAUUAACAAAGAAACAAGAAAAAAAAUGCAUACGCAAAAUUAGAAAAUCAAUAAACAUUUAUUGUAUCGAACGAACGAAAGCUUCGUUAGGCAAAAAACGGAUUCGGUAUUGUACGGUGGGGGCGACAGAAAAAAGGCGGUGCAACGCCACCGUAAACACACAUUAGUUCGCUUCCGUUGCUCGUACGUAUCUCGUAAGUGUAUUACGUAUUGCACAGUAGUGCAACAUAAGCUGCAACUAUUAUUCAGCCACAUUCAAUUGCGUUCAGGGGAAUUAGUACACAAUGCUUAUAAAAGCAGCGUGCCGCAAAAGAAAAGAAAACAAAUGUAACACAAACCUGCUCCACAAGCGCAUUAAACAAGCAUUAGCACAUUAGCCAACGAAACAAGCUAUGCAAUGCAAUAGAAUGCAAUCGUAUAGUUUAAGUAAAAUCAGAUAGAAGCAAAAACAAAACAUAAAACAAACAGCGAAAAUUAUCCACAGACACACACCUUCAUUGAGAUAUGGAAACAAUAUAGAGGAAACACACCGAAAAAAUGCACACGAAAAAAAAAUGAAACACAAAAAACAAAAGCAAACAAAAACAUUAAACGAAUCCCCUUUACCUAGAUGUUAUGUGUUGUUGAAAAGAAACUACAUUAAACGAAAUUGCAAACCGAAGGAGAAUUAUCAGCCAGGCAAAACCAAGAGAACGCAAGCGUGCAGCAAGCGUCAAACUGAACGCACGGAUUAUGCAUUAAUAAAGGCGUAUAUUAUCUAUUGGAAAUUGUAGCUGGAAA